AUGUCUGACUACGACAAGCCCGGCGCGCUGCGCAUGGGCCACAUCUCCCAGCUUCUACUCUGUCUGUACGGCGCCCGUUUCUCCUACGUUGCAAUCCGGAACCUGCGCAUGUAUGAGGAGAGCACGAAAAAGGCCGCGAAAUGGUCAAAGGUGGUUGAGGAUCACUUGUUCUUGACACGGACAACUCAAGCGACUGCAGCUCUCACUCUCAUCGCAUCCGGCGUCUCGGCGAUAGUCAUGAUCGCCAUACCUCAAUACAUCCCACUCGGGCUCCAGCUUUCCAUCUCGCCCCUCAUGCUUGUCGGCAUACUCUUCGCCCGCAACCAUGUCCGAAAGUACUGGGCGCCGUACAAGAACAGCAAAGGGAAAGAUGUGUCGACCCGCGUCCCGCUGCCGCUGAUGGAGGAGUAUAACGAGGCGGAAGAGAUGACGGAGCGGCUGUUGGAGGUGCUGUCGUAUUUGGAGUAUAGCUGGUUGGCGACGAGUGUCUGCUUGGGCAUCGGAUUCAGAUAUUGA